AUGGUUCUCUCCGACCUUGGCCGGCGUAUCAAUGCCGCCGUAUCCAACCUCAACCGUGAGCCCAACCUCGACGAGAAGGCGUUUGAUUCUAUGAUCAAAGAGAUAUGUUCGGCGCUGUUAUCAGCCGAUGUCAAUGUGCGCCUAGUGAAGAACUUGAGAAAGUCAAUACAGAGCGCCGUCAACUUCAAAGACCUCCCGGCACAUACCAGUUCGAAUGCGAAGAAGCGAUUAAUCCAACAAGCUGUGUUUGACCAUCUGGUGCAGUUAGUCGAUCCUCACGCCGAACCCUACAAGCCGAAGAAAGGGAAGUCGAAUGUCAUCAUGUUCGUUGGCCUGCAGGGUGCAGGAAAGACAACUUCGUGUACCAAAUUGGCCAGAUACUAUGCCCAGCGUGGCUUCAAGGCAUGCCUCGUCUGUGCCGAUACUUUUCGAGCAGGAGCCUACGACCAGUUGAAGCAGAAUGCCACCAAGGCCAAGAUACCAUACUACGGCUCUCUGACACAGACGGAUCCUUCUGUGGUUGCUGCCGAGGGUGUGGCUAGGUUCAAGAAGGAGAAGUUCGAAAUUAUUAUUGUUGAUACUUCUGGACGACAUAAACAGGAGGAGGAUCUAUUUGCGGAAAUGGUACAGGUCCAAAAUGCUAUCAAACCCGAUCAAACCAUCAUGGUCCUCGACGGAACCAUAGGUCAAGCCGCAGAGGCACAAUCUUCCGCUUUCAAAUCAACGGCGGACUUUGGCGCCAUCAUUAUCACCAAGACAGACGGUGGCGCCGCAGGAGGUGGCGCUAUCUCCGCCGUCGCCGCUACACAUACUCCAAUCAUCUUCCUGGGUACUGGUGAACACAUGAUGGAUCUGGAAAGAUUCGCUCCCAAACCGUUUAUCUCUAAACUCCUGGGCUACGGGGACAUGACCGGUCUGAUCGAACACAUCCAGUCGGUGACAAGAGACUCCGCGGGGAUGAAAGAGACACAAAAGCAUUUGGCGGAGGGUAUCUUCACAGUGCGAGACAUGAAAGAACAGAUCACGAACAUCAUGAAGAUGGGUCCACUGUCCAAAGUAGCCGGUAUGAUCCCAGCCUUAGGGAACAUGAUGGCGGGCAUGUCAGACGAAGACGGGACUGCGAAGUUAAAGCGGAUGGUCUACAUCUUCGACAGCAUGACGUCCAAAGAGCUCGACUCCGACGGCAAAAUCUUCCUCUCAGAACCAUCGCGGAUGGUGCGGAUCGCAUGCGGCUCGGGGACAUCUGUGCGCGAGGUCGAAGAGCUCCUCACGCAGCACAAGGUGAUGUCCGGUCUGGCGAAGAAUAUGGGCCAGAACAAGAAAAACAUGCAACGAGCGCAGAAUAUGCUCGGCGGCGGGAACAGACAGCAGCAGCUCGCGGCGAUGCAGAAACGUAUGGCUUCUAUGGGAGGCGCCGGGAGAGGUGGCAUGCCUGGUGGAGAUAUGGGCAAAAUGCUGGAACUCAUGGGUGGUGGGAUGCCGAAUAUGGGCGGCAUGGAUAUGAAUGCCAUGAUGAGCCAGAUGGGCAAUAUGUUUGGUGGUGGAGCUGGCGGUGGACGCGGACGUGGAAGGUGA